CCAUCUUUCAGUAAUUCGCCAAAAUGACGAACACAAAGGGAAAGAGGAGAGGCACCCGAUAUAUGUUCUAUAGGCCUUUUAGAAAACAUGGAGUUGUUCCUUUGGCCACAUAUAUGCGAAUCUAUAAGAAAGGUGAUAUUGUAGACAUCAAGGGAAUGGGUACUGCUCAAAAAGGAAUGCCCCACAAGUGUUACCAUGGCAAAACUGGAAGAGUCUACAAUGUUACCCAGCAUGCUGUUGGCAUUGUUGUAAACAAACAAGUUAAGGGCAAGAUUCUUGCCAAGAAAAUUAAUGUGCGUAUUGAGCACAUUAAGCACUCUAAGAGCCGAGAUAGCUUCCUGAAACGUGUGAAGGAAAAUGAUCAGAAAAAGAAAGAAGCCAAAGAGAAAGGUACCUGGGUUCAACUAAAGCGCCAGCCUGCUCCACCCAGAGAAGCACACUUUGUGAGAACCAAUGGGAAGGAGCCUGAGCUGCUGGAACCUAUUCCCUAUGAAUUCAUGGCAUAAUAGGUGUUAAAAAAAAAAUAAUAAAGGACCUCUGGGCUACAAAAAAAAAAAAGUCAUGAAACAACAGAUGCUGGAGAGGAUGUGGAGAAAUAGGAACGCUUUUACACUGUUGGUGGGAGUGUAAAUUAGUUCAACCAUUGUGGAAGACAGUGUGGUGAUUCCUCGAGGAUCUAGAACCAGAAAUACCACUUGACCCAGCAAUCUCAUUACUGGGUAUAUACUCAAAGGAUUAUAAAUCAUUCUACUAUAAAGACACAUGUGCACGUAUGUUUAUUGUGGCACUAUUCACAAUAGCAAAGACUUGGAACCAACCCAAAUGCCCAUCAAUGAUAGACUGGAUAAAGAAAAUGUGGCACAUAAACACCAUGGACUGCUAUGCAGCCAUAAAAAAAGAUGAGUUCAUGUCCUUUGCAGGGACAGGGAUGAUGCUGGAAACCAUCAUUCUCAGCAAACUAAUGCAAGAACAGAAAACCAAACACUGCAUGUUCUCACUCAUAAGUGGGAGUUGAACAAUGAGAACAUAUGGACACAGGGAGGGAAACAGCACACACAGGUGACCUAUCAGGGAAUGGGGGGCUAGGGGAGGGAUAGCUUUAGGAGAAAUACCUAAUGUAGAUGAUGGGUUGAUGGGUACAGCCAACCACCAUGGCACAUGUAUACCUAGGUAACAAACCUGCACAUUCUGCACAUGUACCCCAGAACUUAAAGAAUAAUAAAAAGUAAAAUUAAAUUUUAUUUUUCAUUAUUAUUUUUGUUUAAAUUUUAGACAUUUAAAUCUUAAAAAAUGUUUUAUAUCUUGUGUGGAAGGUUUUGGAAAGACUCCAUUUAGUGCUAAUAAAAAUGUAAAGUCACCUACCAAGGAAGAUAAAAGAUGAAGAUCAAUUCUUAUUUAAAAUGUGUUUUAAAAGCCUUCAUUAGUAAUUUUCCUGCUUCAAACUUUUUCUUUACUCUUUAAUUUUAAUUUGGUUUUUAAUGUGUUGAAUAUUGAAAACUUUGAAAGGAUUUAAGCUAAUGCAGUUAUUGUUUAUUAUUGGCUAUCUAAAGAAAUAGUAUGGUUUUUGUCACUUAUCUGAGUGUGUCCAGUAAUCUAUUUUCAGCAGACUGAGUUUUGUAGGGGUGGUCUUUGCACGAGAAAUUUUCAAGUAUUUAACUAGUUUAAGUUGUUGCUGAUAAAGAUAUUUUAAUUGUUUAUGUUGUAUUCAAUCAGAGAAAGGAGGCCUCACCACUUGAAUUUAACUUACAGUACCACCCUUGGACCUUUCUAUUUCCAUAUCCCAGAAAGGUCAGUGGUUUCCUCUGGGGAGGAGGUCAAGAUGCUAUGCCUUCACCUUCAUGGUGCCUCUGGGAAGAGCUACCC